AUGAUUCUCUUUAUCGUCGUUGAAGUGAUCGGAGGCAUUAAGGCCAACAGCCUAGCGAUUCUCACAGAUGCUGCUCAUCUUUUCUCGGAUGUAACAGCGUUUGGAAUUUCCUUGUUCUCACUUUGGGCUUCAGGAUGGGAGGCAACCCCACGCAAGUCUUAUGGAUUUUUCAGAAUCGAGGUCCUUUGUGCCCUUGUAUCGGUCCAGAUGAUUUGGCUUCUUGCUGGAUUCUUAGAAUAUGAAGCAAUCGCAAGACUUCACAACGGCGGUGGGGAAGUUCAGGGCUCUCUUAUGUUUGGUGUCUCUGCAUUUGGUCUCAUGGUGAACCUUGCAAUGGCUUUUCUGUUAGGGCACAACCACGGUGGUCACAGCCACGGUGGUCACAGCAACGGUGGUCACAGUCACGGUCAUGGCCAUGACCAUGAAAAUCAACACGAUCACCACCACCAUCCACAACUAUCUGAACCCUUGCUCGAGGAAAAUGGCACUAGAAGUGAGAAGAAGCGGAACCUAAACUUGGAAGGAGCUUAUCUUCAUGUUUUGGGAGAUUUAAUCCAGAGCGUGGGGGUUAUGCUAGGAGGGGCAGUGAUUUGGUACAAACCUGAGUGGAAGAUCAUUGAGUCAACCCCACAAGAGAUAGACGCAGACAAGCUUGAAAAGGGAGUAUGCGAGAUGGAAGAAGUAGUGGACGUCCAUGAGCUGCACAUUUGGGCCAUCACUCCUGAUAAAAUUACAUUGGUGUAUCAUGUGAAGGUCAGACCAGAGGCGGAUGGAGAUGUGGUUCUGGACAAGGUAAUUGACUACAUCAAGACUGAAUACAACAUCAGUCACGUCACCAUUCAGAUUGAACGCCAGUAA